AUGCCCUCCUUCAAGUCCAUCUUUGCCGCCGUCGCCUUCCUGGCGCUCGCCAACGCCAAGACUGUCAAGAUUACCGCCAAAAACGACAACCGCUUCGAUCCCGACUCGACUACCGCCGAAAAGGGCGACAUUCUCGAGUUUCACUUUGAAGGUUCCCAGCACAGCGUCGUCGCUGGUGACUACGACUUCCCCUGCUCCCCUCUCCAGCUAGGAAGCGGCUUCUUCUCUGGCAGUGUCGCUGGCUCCAGCGGCAAAGUCUUCCGCGUCCAGGUCAACAAUAGCGAGACGAUAGCGUUUUAUUCUGCACAAGGAAAUGACUGCGCCUCGGGCAUGGUGGGCAUUGUCAACCCCAGCGCAAACCAAACUCUGGAAAACUACAAAGGCCGCGCCAGCAAGCUCGCAAGGGCAGUCAGUCCUGGCAAUGCGACUUUCGGCGGCGAAUUAGCCAGUGACGGUAGCUCCGACGACAGCAAGAGCGGUCAGGACGACAAGAAGAACGGCAAAGACGAUAAGAAGAACUCGGCUGGCAUGAUUCAUGUCUCGACAGUGGCCCUUGCCAGCGUCUUUGGUGCUGCUUUGUAUAUGUUCUAG